AUGGAGAGUCCAGAGCUUAGGUGGACUACAGCCAAGAACCAACCUAAAACGAAGACAGCCAUUCUUCUCGCCGUCCUGUUUGUCAGGGCCAGCUCCCUUCCUGUCGCUCUAUCUCUCGAGGCCAAGGAGACACAAGACCGCCAUGUUCACCCUGCCGGGGCUUGGCAGUCUCCCACAGUUGAUGCCACGAGCACCCGUGCGCAGUGGGUGUCCUCAUACGGAAACAAACCCCCAAAGAAGGCCCAGGAGAAUGAGCCGACUGUGAAUGGUACGAGCACUCGUGUACAGUGGGUGUCCUCCUACGGUAACAAUCCCCCCAAAAAAGCUCAAGAGAGCCCCACUGUGGAUGCAACAAGCACUCGGGCAAAGUGGGUGUCCUCCUAUGGUAACAAACCCCCGAAGAAGGGAGCGUCGUUUUCAGACCAUUGGCUUCCUGUCGGUCCCGGUUACUUGGACCUUGAUGCACUCGAGUCUGGCUACCAUGCCCACUUGAUGAUCAUGCACGACUCGACUUCUUGGCUUCAGUCCGGGAUGACGGCCAUCAAGGGUUUCAUGCGCAGGUUCGCUUAAGGCUAUGGCACUGCCAGCCAGUGUUUGUUUGUUGGAGGAAGCCAUUCGACGGGGUGCCGUACUGCCGGUGCACCGCCUGCUAUUCAUUGAGGUAAUCUGAGUCAUAAAUGUAGAGGAUUGAAGUGGGAUGGUUCUUUCUUUUCCUUCCUUGACCUUUUCGUCUUAACGGUUGAUUUGGCUUCGGAGGCCACUGGAUGGUUUACAAGGACCAAACACAAGGCAUCUGGGCCUGAAAAAACACUUACUUUGCUCCAAUGAUAAUAUAACUGCCUCAUUUAGGUAGCUACUUAGGUACCUACUAUCUCACAUAACGAGUAACACACCAAUACACUGAUCUCUCAGC